UCGGAGCGUUUCUAGCAUCAGCGUGCACACGUAUAGAACUCGGUCUCCCAGCAUCCCUUGCGAGCGUAUUUAUAGUAGGAACCGUCUGCUGUCUCUGCUGACUGCUAGCCGGCUGCAGUUGAAUUAAAGUUGUUCAAAAUGUUGGGGAGACAUUGAACCCGAUGUUUCCUGUCCAGCAGCUGGCUGACUCUGCUCCGCGGCUGAAUGUAGGUCACAUGCUGGCAAACAACACCUCUCUGGGUUUGCUGACAGGCGAGUCUCACUUCCUUUUUUUGACGGGACAGGUCUCCUCUUCCCAGCUCAAGCAAAGCCAGAGAGAGAGAGAGAGGGAGAGAGAUCAUGCGAUCUCAUUAUCAUGUGCUGAAGAUCACUUUGUUGUGAGCUGUGUUUGACAGAGGCAGCGAUGAGGGCUGGAGGCAGGACGGGGGCUUUGGACAGGGCUGCAGCUGUCUGCAUCCUAGCGUUGUGUUGUGGCUGUUUACACGUGAUCGCCCUCAAAUCACAACUUUUCACCAGGCUCGGUGGGUCAUCUUACUCCACUGAGACUCCCAUCAGCUAUGAAACAUUUUACUUUGACCAGAAGAUUGAUCAUUUUGGAUUCCUGGAGGAAGGCACCUUCAAGCAGAGAUACCUUGUGGCUGACAAACUCUGGAAGCAGCCUGCAGGACCGAUUUUGUUCUACACCGGCAAUGAAGGCGACAUCACCUGGUUCUGCAACAACACUGGCUUCAUGUGGGAAAUUGCGGAGGAGUUGGGCGCCAUGCUGGUUUUUGCAGAGCAUCGUUACUAUGGAGAAUCCCUGCCAUUUGGACAGGACUCUUAUAGUGACAGCAAACACCUGAACUACCUGACCUCAGAGCAGGCCUUGGCAGAUUUUGCAGUCCUGAUUCAAAACCUGAAGAGCGCUUCACCCGGAGCUCAGCACAGCCCUGUCAUCGCUGUUGGAGGUUCCUAUGGAGGGAUGCUCUCUGCCUGGUUCAGGAUGAAAUACCCCAAUAUAGUUGUUGGAGCUCUGGCGUCCUCCGCACCAAUAUGGCAGUUCCCUGGCAUGGUGCCAUGUGGAGACUUCUACAAAAUAGUAACACAGGACUUUGCCAGAAGUGGCUAUAACUGUGACGCAAACAUUAGAAAGUCGUGGAAGGCUAUUAAUAAUGUCUCUUCCACUGCGGCUGGUCUUCAGUGGCUGUCAGAAGAAUUCAGCUUAUGCAGGCCUCUUAAAAACACGAAUGAUGUUAUCGCCUUCAAGAACUGGCUUCAGGAGACUUGGGUGAAUCUGGCUAUGGUGGACUACCCCUACGAAGCUAACUUCCUCCAGCCGCUGCCUCGCUGGCCAAUCCAGGUGGUGUGCAAGUAUCUUGGAUUCGAUUCCACUGUGUCCGACUACCAGCUGCUGCACGGUGUCUCUCAAGCCGCAAAGGUCUACUACAACUACACCGGAGACUCCUCCUGUCUAAACACAUCUCAGACGGCAACCGGCAGCCUCGGUUAUCUCGGCUGGACUUACCAGGCCUGCACAGAGAUGGUGAUGCCCAUGUGCACAGAUGGCGUCCAGGACAUGUUUGAACCAGGGGAGUGGAACUUCCAGGCCUUCUCCGAUGAGUGUAAUGCAAUACUUGGUGUCCGGCCACGAGCCGACUGGGCAGGCAUAGUCUACGGGGGGAAGGACAUCGCCUCUCACAGCAACAUCAUCUUCAGUAACGGAGGACUCGACCCGUGGUCGGCUGGCGGAGUGACUCGCAACAUCACAGAUUCUCUGGUUUCCAUCAUGAUUCCUGACGGAGCCCAUCACUUGGACCUCCGCUACAGCAACGACCACGACCCUCCCUCAGUCCGUGCAGCCCGAGCGUUAGAGGUGAAGUAUUUUCAGGAGUGGAUCAGACAAGCUAAAAAGGCCCCUCGGACUGCAUCGACCCCUUAGUCUCUAGAAGCAGCAGAACGUUACCAGGCUAGGAUAUCCAUGAUAUGUAUGGUGUAGCUUUAAUAUGCAUGACAGGGUGCUCUUUCCAUCAUUCCACCAAAGUUUGUCCUCUUUUAAUCAGUGUUGGGGACGUUUUUUUUUUUUUAACAUUAAAUUAAUAAAUUUUAACUUUUUUUUUUUUUUUUACUUUAGCUUUAAUUUUCAAUAUCACUCUUGAUUUUAGUAAGUGUGUUUUUUUUAUUUUCAUUUUAAUCACAAUCUCAUCAUAAUCUCAGUGCUGGAGUAUCAAACUACAAUUUUCACACUCCAUUUCUUUUAUGCCAAACUAUACAUUUCCAAGGGCUGGGAGACAGAAAGGUACUGUGUCUGUUUGUGAAGUAAAAAAAAAAAACAAAAACGAUUGAUCACAAUGUAAGUC